UCCUUAAUCCAUGUCGUUUGGCCGUAUUUAGAGGUUGAUGAGGAAGGAUAGGUGUUGCCAUAACAGACUGAUAGAGGUGAGGAGGGUUACACAGGAGAGACAAGCCGGUUCAGAGCGACUGGGUUCAUCGGAGAGAAGGAAGGAGAAGACACACAGGGAUACAGACAGAAAACCCAGCAACCCGUUCCAACAAACUCCUACCUGGCUAUGACUGACGUCCUCCCCGGCAGCCAUGCCAGAGCUCCAGAGCCAGAGCUCCGCCUGGUCCUCCUCGGGACCAUCGGCUGUGGCAAGACCCUGUCAGGAGACACCCUCCUGGGCCAGUCCUCCUCCGGCCCUCCUUCCUCCGCUGGUUCUUCCCCCAGGCUUUGCCAGCUGAGGCCUGGGGCCUCCGAGGGCCGGAGGUUGACUGUGGUGGAGGCCCCUCGCUGGUACUGGAGCGGGGGCCACAUGGAGGCUGGGGUGAGGAAGGAGACAGAGAGGGCACUUGAGCUGGCUGCCCCGGGGCCACACGCCUUCCUGCUGCUGGUUCCUGUCGGCCAGUUCACCGAGGUGGAGCACAGAGUGCCCGCUGAGCUGGAGGAGGUGUUUGGGGAGGGGUGUUGA